AUGACCAUCUUCCACGUCGACGCCUCGGACGCGGCCAAAUUCCAAAACGACCUGAACCAAGCUAUCCAACGAGGUAGCAUGAUCACUCUCACAGGUGUUAACUGGGCCGGCGGAGAAUUUUGGGUCGAGUCCGCAUUGGAAAAUGCAGGCUUCCUAUCCGCCACCGUGUUUUGGCCGACAUCUGGUGCUCCGAUCCUGCGAGUAGACUUCUGGGAACAUGGCAAGGCCGUAAAGGCUAUCGCUUGGUUCAAUGAACGUACUAUUGAUGGGAAUAAGCUCACUGCCGAGUUCCAUGAGGAUACACCACCCGAGCAUACCCGAAACACACCGGCGAAAGCCAGCGACUCUCUCCCAGCUCCGCAGUCUGAACCCCAAACCGGCAUCCGGCGUCGGGCUCUCCGGUUUGGCAGGGCGAGGCAGAUCGAGCCGAGCCUCAAUUGGCAUGAGCCACGGGACUUGCGGAGAUGCGAAAGACCCAUGGACAUCCUCACCGCCGAAGGUCCACUUGAAGACAUCGGGAGGUUCUUCCCGCGAACUUUCGAGAUGUAUUCCCGACUGUUUGGCGGCAUCCCUAGCUCACACGGGCUUGUCAAAAUCGAAGGCGGGAAACUGGUACCAACCCCAGAACAGGCGAAAGCCUGCGUCUCGUUCUAUAAACCAGAGAAGGAGGGGGAUCCUAAAUAUCUGAACAAUGUCGAGGCCGCCAAACGCGAGCUGGUUGUCACAUCUCCAGGCUUCGUGAUCCCGUACCCACGCGGCCCCUUGAACGGGGUGGGCUGGGGCGAAUUCGACAAGUUCACCGAGUGGCAGCUCCAAGGUCGCAAGGUUGAGCCCGACAUGCUGGACAAGGAUCUGGCUUUCGACAAGGGCAGCACUCGCCCUCUUGUCUUUGUCUCCCCGGCCGGUGAACCGCAAGAGGAGCCUAUUGUGGUUACCGAGACCCUCGGUAAUGCUGAACAGGAAAGUGAACGAAUGAAGACUCUGUCAGAGUUACUCACGAACAAGAGGAAGAGAACUGAGACUAGAGGGGAAAUCUAUGGACGUCCCCGUCCCCGUGGUGGUCGCGGUGGCCGUGGCGGACAAGGAAUUGGAUGGCCUUAA